AUGAAUCUUAUGUCUUGCACAGUUAGCAUGCCAAUGAGUAACAACAAGCAGCUAAACAAACUUUAUCCUACUCUUGUACCCCACCUCACAUUGGCCUUCUCUCUCAUUUCUAUUUCAUCUUCCCCAACACCACCUUUAUUGAACUUCUCAAAUAAAGCAAAGAAACCGAGAUAUAGAAAACUGAAAAAGUCUCCGGAUCUUAUAGCAAUGUCAUUCUUUACCAGUUUUUUCUUCAUCACGUUCCAUAUUAGCGCAUUAUUCGCCUUAACUAACCCGGACCCGGCCACAGUUCAGACCCAGAUGGUUCUACAGGUCCCUUCACCGCCGGUCACCAUCCCUGCCUUCCCAGAACAGUCGGACAUCGCCGCCUGUCCAUUGGACCUCCCUGACCAGCUCUUCCACGGUAUAAAAUCCGCUUGUGGCUCAAAAACCCAAAACCCGAAUCAACUCCAUCGGACCCGCUGCUGCCCGGUUCUCGCGGCAUGGCUUUACUCCGCCUAUUCGAGCACCGCAUUACAAGCGUACCUUACCAAAUCCCCGCCGCAAAUUGCCUCUUAUGACAUGCCGGUCCUACCCGAUGACUCCGAGACCUGUGUCGACACUCUUGAAAAGGCUCUGGGAAGCAGAGGCAUUGAAUUGACGAAGCCUAAUGAGACUUGCGAUGUAGUGUACUGUUAUUGUGGCAUUAGAUUGCACCCAUUCACCUGCCCAGAAGCGUUUUACGUGAAUUCGCGCGGUAAAUUGGUGGGUAGUGAGAAUGUGAAGAAAUUAGAGAAGGAUUGCUUGAGUCAUAGCGUUAAUGGCUACGCAGGGCUUGGUGGCUGCACCAAAUGCUUGAACAGUCUUCAUUCGCUCAAAGAGGAUAAAGCUGGUCGGACAAAUAUAUCCGAUGAGAGGACAAGCAAAAUGCAUAACCGGGAUUGUGAGCUUAUGGGUCUCACAUGGCUUCUUAACAAGAACAGAACUGUCUACAUACAUACGGUGUCUGCUGUUCUUCGGGCUCUCAUGAUGAGCACGGGAGAUGUUGAUCCACAGUUUUGCAGUCUAAACAGUGAUGGCAUGCCUCUAGCUGUUGAUUCUUCAGAAAUCAAUGAUCAAAAUUCGUCAUCCAUCCCAACAAUCUCACUUUACCACUACGUGCUACUGCUUUCUUUGUUAUAUAUGAGCAUCCUUGUGUCAUUUACUAGGUAUUAG